CAAUUACGAGAAGACACAUUUACAAUUUACUAACCAACGAUUUUCCCCCCAAAGAAGGCACACAAAUUUCUGUAUUUGAUUGUGGACAUCGUUUUCGUUACUUCAUCGUUCUCCGAGAGGUACGGCGCCAAGGAAAAGAGUUCCCGGCGGUGGCGGUGACGCAGCGGCGGUAUAGGGGAGGGCCAUAAGUUUCCCGCUUGAUUUAUACUUUUUGCCUUACGCUUAGCUAAGCAGAGCAAUGGUCGGACCGGAGAGGCCUCAGUUCGUUCUUUUCGGAUCCUCCAUCGUCCAACUAAGUUACGGCCAUGGUGGUUGGGGCGCCAUACUUUCUGACAUUUACUCUCGCAAGGCGGAUAUAUUGUUACGGGGAUACUUUGGAUGGAAUUCAAGGCGUGCUCUCCAAGUCCUUCAUAAAGUUUUCCCGAAGGAUGCUGCUGUACAGCCUUCUCUUGUGAUAGUUUAUUUUGGAGGCAAUGAUUCAAUGGGGCCUCACUCAUCUGGCCUAGGCCCUCAUGUACCUCUUCCCGAAUAUGUUGAAAACAUGGAAAAGAUUCUGAUUCAUCUUCAGAUGACUAUUGAAUUUCAGAACCUCUCAGAAAAGACACGUAUAAUUGUUCUCAGCUGUCCGCCUGUCAAUGAGGAUAAAAUUCGUGGGAACACUAGUGGAAUUUUUAGUGAGCUGCUAAGAACAAAUGAGUUAUGCCAAAGCUAUUCAGAAGCUUGUAUAAAGCUAUGCAGGGAGAUGGAUGUGAAAGUUAUAGAUCUCUUUAAUGCUCUACAGAGUACAGAUGAUUGGAUGAAUGCUUGUUUUACUGAUGGUAUUCAUUUAUCUGCUAAGGGAAGCAAAAUUGUGGUGAAGGAGAUUUUAAGAGUGCUUAAGGAAGCUGAGUGGGAGCCGUGCCUCCACUGGAAGUCCAUGCCCACAGAAUUUUCAGAGGACUCCGCUUUUGAUCUUGUUGCAGCUGAUGGAAAAACUACAUUAAAUCCCUCGGAGUGGACCUUUUAUAGGGAGAUACAGUGGGACUAGGUUAUGUUAUCUUAUGAUAUAGUCUCAAUUAUAGAGACACAUCUAGCAUUUGCCUUUUUUCCUCGAUUAGGAGUUCCAGUUUGGUCUUUCUCUUUCAUCAACUUAGUCUUUUUAUACUUUCAUUUAGAAUUGAAUAGAAUAUAGUAUAUCUAUAACUAGAGUUGGCUUCAUGUGUUUGCAGAGUCCAAUUGUUCAUGACUGUGAACAGUGCAACUCCCUAUAUUUUUUUAUAUUUUAUAUUAAAUAUAGUAUAUCUAUAA